AGGUGUUUCCAGACGGUUGACUUUCGAGCAAACUCAGCCUAAUAAUGGCGAAGCACCUUCGUUUCCUUGCGCGAACGGUGAUGGUUCAAGACGGCAACGUUGAUACGGCGUACAAGACUUUAAACAGGCUCCUCACUCAGGAUGGGAUUAUUGAAACAGUGAAGCGGAAGCGCUACUAUGAGAAGCCAUGCCGAGAGCGACAGCGGAAGAACUUUGAGAACUGUAAGCGAAUCUACAACACAGAAAUGGCCAGGAAAAUUGCCUUUAUCUCCAGGACAAACAGAGAGGAUCCCUGGCUCGGCUGCUAGUGAAGUGGAGUGCGAUGAAGCAAAAUGUUAUCAAUGGACUGGUUGAGAUGGUGUCAGCACAACAGAGGAAGCAAACAUCAACACAGUGUCACUAUCACAUGUAAAUGAACUUGUCAGCAAUGAUCAUUGUGUUCAAUUUUUUCCCAAAAGGUCUGACUUAGGAGAGAAAAAUCUUCUAUACUCAUUCUUGGUUGAUAGGUUAACAUUGCUUUGACAUUUUUUUUAAUGUUCCGAGUGUUCCCGUACAGUUUUGCUAAUGAAAAAGCUAAUAAAUGUAUGCAAUGAUUUGAAAA